ACCACUUCUGCUCGCGUUGUUCGCGACCUCUCGGCACAGCACGUUUUCCGUCGCUGCCUCCCUCCAGCCCCACCAAGGGACCAGCUGGAACAACUGCUGCUGGGAAUAUAAAGGCUUAUGGGUGCAUGCAGUUCCUCUCUACACUAACUGAGUCUUGACUUACUCCUUCGAGUCCGUCUGCAGCAGUCGCCGCCCGCUGGCACCGCACCAUUCGCACUCCAAGAAGGCAACAAUUUCAUUAGCCAGAACCCGCACAGUCAUGCGAAGCCAAAGAUACAUCCCCGUAUUUGCGUCCCUCUUACUCCUUGCGGCAGCCGACGCCGGUCCUGUCCCCGCCACGGCACAGUCGGAGGCACUUUGCGGCUCUCUGGACAUUCCGUGCCGGACCACCGCGACGAGCGAGGUAGACUUCCCAGCUCCUGUCGUAGUCGACGACCACCUCAAACUCCUUCCACCACCGGAACGAAAGUUGCGGUUGAGCACAAAGUCGCGGUACCUUGUCCCCGACGAGGAUUCCAGCGCACAGUCUUGGCGCGACAGAACCGACGACAACGUGCCUCUGAGGACGGCGUGGGAAAGUAAACAGCUCAGAUCAGGUAACCGUCAAGAAGCAAGCACAUGCAAGGUCGUCAACGUCCAACUCUUAGCCCGCCACGGCACACGCAACCCCAACGGAUCAGAUCUCAAGCAAUAUCUGGAUCUGCGCACGAAGCUCGCAACAACGUAUACCCCUCCACCACCACCUGCGGGGCACAAGUACAGCUUCCUGACGAACUUCACGGCUCCGUGUGAUUUCGCAAUGACCGGAAUGCUGACGACGCAAGGCGAAGUGGAUUCAUUCGAACUCGGCCGGCGGUUGAAGGAAAAGUACGCGCAUCUUGUCUCGGAUGUGGGCAGGAUCGAAUGGCAGACGACAAAUGUAUCGCGGACGAUCACAUCAGGACGAGCGUUUCAGCAAGGGCUGUUCGCCCAUAAGCACGACCAGGAUGUCGCUUUUUCGUCCCUCCAAACCUCCAUUUUCCCCAACCACCAAGAUCCCAUUCUCCGCCCUUACGAUUGCUGCAAGCGCUACGAAAACGCGACGGAAAAUCCCCCGUUACCCUUACCCGGCACGACCUUCGCCCAGCGUCGCUACCCCGCCAUCAUCGCCCGACUGGCCCGCGACGCUCUCCUACACGACCUGACGAUCCAUGACGUGACGAUAAUGUUCAAGCUCUGCGCUUUCGAAUACACCAUUCAGGGCAAGGAGGCCGGGUUCUGCUCGUUGUUUACGGACGAGGAGCUGGCGUUGAAUGACUUCGCGGUGGAUUUGAAUCUGAACUAUUAUAGAGCGUAUGGGUUGGAGGGGGAUGUGAAUGAGUGGCUGGCUUGUCCGCUUUUGACAAAGAUCUUUGGGGGUUUUGAUGAGACUAUCGCCGCUGGGAGCCGUAGGGGAGGAGGCACGCCAAAUCAUCCCAUGGCGGCGUUCCGGUUCGGUCAUGCUGAGACGCUUACGCCGCUUAUCUCGACACUCGGCUUGUUUCGGGAUCCGCAUUCGCCGAAGGGGAUUCAACCACACUGGACUGACGAGCAGAUCAAGGCCAGAGUAUUCCGCGGCGCCGAGUUCUCCCCUUUCGGCGGGAACUUCAUCUUCGAACUGCUGGAAUGCCCCGCAUCCCAAGAGCUUGAUCAUCCGCAACGACACCACAUCGCGAACGAUCGGAAAACCUACAAAGUUCGCGCCCUUGUCGGCGAGCAACCCGUCGUGAUACCCGGAUGCGAAGGCCGUGAAGCGUGUCCGAUACAUCUGCUGAAGCAAGCGUUGGCUGGGAAGAUUGGCUGCGAUUUUGAUGGGAAGUGUCAGAACUUCUAGGUUGUAGAAGGUUCCGUGUAAAAAAAAAGACGUGGUAGACCUUGAGCUGUGCCUUCCCUCGAGUCAUUGUUUCCUUGGAACUUGUACAUAGCGUUUAUUUAUUGACGAAGUAUUCAAAUUGAACCGGAGUCGUGAUGAGUGCGUUACGGCAAUGUAGAUGUAUUAGAGUAGAGAUCUAUGUUAAAACAUGUAAAUAC